CACUCUUAGCAACUUGGUAAAGAAUUCCUAAUAAGCGUCUUUACCGAGCUCUUGGUAAUGACGCGUCCUACAAAAAUUAUACCGGAUUAUUACCGUAUCAAUACCAACCGGAUAACAUUCUUUACCAUAAUUUUAAUCAAGUGCACUACAAGUUGUGGUGCUGACGAGAUCUACAUUUUGGUGUGGUUUAUUACCAUAGUGGUAAGAAUUUUAAUACAUUUGGUAUGGAUUGUGAGACGCUACACAGUGGCGCAUUUUUCAGUUUUAGUUUCUGCUCAGCUCAACUCAAGUCAAAAUGGCGAAAUUAAUCCUAUUCUGCCCGUGGAAGAAAGUGAUAAAAACUUCUGGAAAUUAUAUAGAAUUUUUGGAAACAGUGAAGCAAAAAUUUGAGUUGGAAAUCAGAACAGAGAUUUUUCUGCAAGACGUCAACCGGUGUGGGCUCAUCCAAAAUCGACUGGAGAUUCAUCGGAAUUUGAAGGGGGGACAGACGAGUGUCAAAAACCAUAGUUUGCA